AUGUCAACAUUUAUUUUAUUUAUUAUUUCUUGUUCGUAUUUUGGUUGUGUCCAUGUUGCCAUAGCAACCGGGUCCACUACAGUCAGCGACUGAUCACGGCAUGUGAUGCUAGCUGCUUCAUCAAACAAGUCAUAACACAUAUGGAUAUUAUAUCGAUCAACAGUUAUUGAUUGCUAGUGGUCGGCUCAGAGUGAAGGAGCUUCAACUGGAAACUGUGGAGGAUUUAUUCAUCCUCCAGUGUCUCUUCAGUUUUGUGUUCGUGUGCUGACUCCUCCAGCAGAGGGCGCUGUUAGCUUAGCUUUAGCUCUCCUCCUCAGGAAUCUGCACUCGAGAGCUUGCAGCAGCAGAGCAGUCAUCACCUGACCUUCAGCUUCAGUCCAGGUGAGUUCUCCAGCAGCUCCAACAUGGCGUCUGAUGCAUCUCCUCCAGGUGAUGACGAGGUGAAGGUGAGGAGGAGGAGGAGGAGGGAGGUUCAGGCUGUGGACAUAGAGGAGUUAACGUCUACUGGUCACAGAGCUCUACAGGAGGGACAGACUGGGUGCGCUCUGAGCUGCUUCAGCGGUGCACUGAAAGCUGCACGACAGCUGCAGGACUCUCGGGUCCUCCGGGCCUGUUCCUUUAACCUCGGUGCAGCCUUCGUGGAGACGGGCCGUCCUCAGAAAGGUCUGGACUUCCUGCGUCGGGCCCAGCCUGGACCGAAGGCCAACCGGCUACCGGACCUCCAGUUCAACCUAGCCCUGGCCCACAAUGCACUGGGGCAGAGCCGAGAGGCCGCCGCAUCCUUCCUGCAGGCUGCUCAGCUGUACAGAUCGCAGGGAGACGGAGGCAGCGAGGGCGACGCCUGCAUAGAGAUGAGUCGCUGCUACAGCAGAGAACAGGACUGGUCUCUGGCAGUUCAGGGUUUCCUGCGGGCUGCUGAGAGUUACAAAGUGGCGACCAUGUUGGAUUCUGCAGCCGGUGCGCUCAAAGAGGCAGGAAGUCACAUGAUCCAGUCAGAUCAGUUCAGCCAUGAUGACACCAUGGCUGUACUGACAGAGUGUCUGAGUUUGACGGACAGGAUCACAGACCCGAGAAUUCUGGGUGAGUUGUACCUGUCGGUGGGCGUGUCUUACUGCCAGCUGAGAUGUUUCCAGGAGGCGGUGCCAUGUUUCCAGCAGGCUCUGGAGCCGUUGGCUCAGCAGCCCCCCCUGCUGGCUCAAGUGCUGCAAAACCUGGGAGCUGCUCUGAACUCUGUGGGCCGGUUCAAAUCCGCUGUAGGCUACCACAGGCUGGCUGCUCGACUCUACGGCUCUCUGGGUUGCCGUGGUGACCAGGCUCGGUGUUUCAGUAACCUUGCGUUUGCCUUCAGUCAGCUGGGUGAUGAAGAGGAGGCAGCAGAAAGCUUCAUCAUCGCUUUGCAGGGAUUCAGAGACACCGAGGACUACCUGGCUCAGGUUCAGGUGUGUGAGUUGUUAGCUGAGUGUUACCUGAAGCAGAGGAAGCAGCAUAAAGCCAUUGAGCUCUACAAACAGGCUCUGACUGCUCUGUCUCACUGCCAGGACAGUUCUGGUUCAGUUGGAGAUCGUCUGGUGGAGUGUCUGACUGUGGCUCUCCAGCAGAGUAGGCCACGCCUCUUCAGACCAUGUCCUCCAAGACCACACCCACACAGCCAACCUGCAACCAGGAUGAGUGACAUCACACAGGGUCCAGGCAGAGCAUCCAACCAGCAACCAGACAAUCAGAGGGGGGAGGAGCAAGAAUCAGAGCAGGUGGCAGCAGGUAAACAGGAGGCAGCAGAGCAUGCCAUGUCAGGAGGGGGCGGAGCCGAUGAGACGCAUGACUACAUGAGCAUGGCACCUGGACAGCACAGUUCACACCUGUCUCACCAGUCACACCUGUCAGAGCGGCAGCAGCACCGUGACAGGUGGUCGGACAGAGUGAACCCUCACACUGACAGUGAAACCGCAUUGGUCCAGGAGGCAGAGGCUCCACCCACCACACCAGAUGACAUCAGAGAGACUCCACCUGCAGCCAGUUGGAGGUCUCGGUUCUGUUCACUGAUGUAGAUUCACCUGCUGAUCUUGUUAUUGAUCAUGUAUUGAUAGUACACUGAUCAUCAGUAAACAUACAUCACACAUUU